AGAGCGCGAGGCACACAGCUAAAAAAAGCACCGAGAAAUCUGUGGUGCAGCGAGCGAACCCUCCCCCCUCCCUUCCCUUCCGCCGUCUCCCACUCCUCCAAAAAAUUUCACCUCACGCCUCUCCUCUCCCCGCGACGACGAUCCCCGAAGAAGCUUCGCGAAGCUUCUAGGGUCCUCUCCUGCUGCCUCCCUCCCAGAUCGCCGCCUGCGGCAGCCGCGAGGCUGCGUCGCGAGGGCGGAGGAGGAGGAGCCGGGCGACGGGGGUCGACGGAGGCGAGGCGAGGCUAGGGUUCGGGGUCGGGGUCGGACUGCGGCGGCCGGCGCCUGGUGAGGGAGGAGGAUGCAUAUGAUGCGGCGGCUCAAGAGCAUCGCUUCCGGCCGCUCAUCCGUCUCCGAUCCGGGUGGUGACUCUGGCUCCAAAAGGCCAAAAUUUGAUCAGGAUGGAGCAGGAGAUAUUGUUAUUGAACCGCACCUAACUGAGGACAAACCUAUGCGGAUUGACCAAGAAUCAUCGUCAUCAUCCAACAGAGAUGCUGAGGCAAGCACUUCUACCAGCAUGAAGCCUGUUAAAACUGAAGAAGCAGGGGCAGAUCUUCUUCCAAAAGAAAUGAAUGAUAUGACAAUUAAUGAUGAUAAAGUUGAUGGCCAUAAUGAUAAGGAAAGUGAAAGUGUUACUCUUGAUGGAAAUGGAACUGAGACAGGACAGAUCAUUGUGACAACAAUAGGAGGUCAUAAUGGGAAGCCAAAGCAGAAGGUCUCAUACAUGGCUGAACGAGUCGUUGGUACUGGUUCGUUUGGUGUAGUUUUUCAGGCAAAAUGCUUGGAAACGGGAGAAACAGUGGCAAUUAAGAAGGUUCUACAAGAUAAGCGUUACAAGAACAGAGAGCUCCAAACAAUGCAGUUACUUAACCAUCCAAAUGUAGUUCAGCUAAAGCAUCACUUCUUUUCAACAACUCAAAGGGGAGAAGUUUACCUCAACCUUGUACUUGAAUUUGUAUCCGAGACAGUUUAUCGUGUUGCCAAAUACUACAAUCGGAUGAACCAGCGUGUACCCAUAAUAUAUGUGAAGUUGUAUGCGUAUCAGAUGUGCCGUGCGCUUGCAUACAUCCAUCGUGUUGUUGGCGUGUGUCAUCGUGAUAUUAAGCCUCAAAAUCUACUGGUUAAUCCUCAUACACAUCAACUUAAAAUUUGCGAUUUUGGGAGCGCUAAGAAAUUGGUCCCUGGUGAGCCUAACAUAUCAUACAUUUGCUCGCGGUAUUAUAGGGCUCCUGAACUAAUAUUUGGAGCUACGGAGUAUACCACCGCAAUUGAUAUCUGGUCUGUUGGUUGUGUAGUAGCUGAGCUUCUGAUUGGUCAGCCUCUGUUUCCUGGUGAAAGCGGUGUUGAUCAACUGGUGGAAAUAAUAAAGAUUUUGGGUACGCCAACAAGAGAAGAAAUCAGGUGCAUGAACCCAAAUUACUCUGAAUUCAAGUUCCCUCAGAUAAAAGCUCAUCCAUGGCACAAGCUUUUUGGUAAGCGUAUGCCACCUGAAGCUGUUGAUCUUGUGUCAAGGCUACUUCAGUACUCACCAAAUCUGCGCUGCACAGCUGUUGAUGCUUGUGCCCAUCCAUUUUUCGACGAGCUCCGGGACCCUAAGGUCUCCUUGCCAAAUGGACGGCCACUACCACCGUUGUUCAACUUCACAGCGGCUGAAUUAGAAGGGCUCCCUAUUGAGCUCGUCCACCGGAUCAUUCCUGAACAUAUGAGGAAGUGAAGAGGUGGACUGGCUGGAAAUAUCCGUUUCUCUGUUAGUUCGGCUGAGAAGUGCAGGGCAUGCUAUGGACUGAUAUGGAGUAGACUUAUAGCUAGGUAAUGCCUUGCUAGACGUAAAGAGGGCUGGAAGUUCCUCGUUGACGCUUCACCAAGAGUGAGCGUAGAGGCAAACCUAAUGUUUGCUUCUUGCCCAUGGUAAAUUUCUGAAGCCGACCCGUACCUUGCGCAUGUUUAUCUUGUGCCCUCAGAUGUGUAUCAACUACUAGGCUGCUGUAUUACCAGGUUCAUGCUGAACAAGUGAUAAGAGAACUCAGAGUGCUUGCUUGCUUUCGUAGCUGGAAAUCCCAGAAUAUGUCAAUUUUGAUUAUUGCA